AUGAACGAUCGGCCGACACCAAAUAAAAAAAAAAAAAAAUCUGAAAAAAAAAACCUGGCAACACUAGCUUAUACUACUUUUUCUUCUUCUACACAUCACGUCACAUCAAAUUACAUAACAACAAUGGCAAAGAAAAACUCAGGAGAAAACUCAAAGAAAGCAGCUGGAAAUGCCCGUAAAGCUGAACAAGCAGCCAAAAAGAAACAAGAAGCCUUGGAUCAAUUAGAAAACGAAGAAGCCUCCAAAUGGGAACAAGGAUCUAAAAAAGGUAAUAAGAAGAAAGAAGAAGAACAAUUUAAGAAAGAAGAAGCUGCUCGUAAGAAAGCCGAACGUGAUGCAUUAUUAGCUGCUGAAGAAGCAAGCAUGCCUUCCAAACCAGUGAAAGCUAAGAACAGAGGUGCUGAAAAGGUUGCCCAAAGAAGAGCUGGUAAGAUUGAUGAUUUCUUGGACUUCAAUAAGGAUAUCCCUGAAUUAAGUGCAUCCGGUCUUGAUAGUGCCUUGGAAGCAUUGGCAUUGACCAGUACUGGUGGUGGUGUCAGUAAUAAAGAUAUUGAUAGACAUCCAGAAAGAAGAGUCAAGGCCGCUUAUAAUGCAUACGAAGAAAAGAGAUUGCCAGAAAUGAGAAAGGAAAACCCUGGUUUAAGAUUGAAUCAAAUUAAAAACUUGCUUUUCAAAGAAUUCCAAAAAUCUCCAGAAAAUCCAAUGAAUCAAGAUACUAACAUCCAUUAUAAUGCCACAAGAGAUGAUGUUGAAUCCAAGAAACAAGAAGCAAGAGCUUCCAGAGAAAAGAAGUUCACUUAA